GGUGCCGCACCGCGUGUUUAUGCCAGCGCUCCUCUGGUCGUCAAUCAGCAGUAGCGGGUCAAGCGUCCUCCGGAGUCGGGGCAAAGCGGGAGCAUCUCCCCCGUUGAAACAUCUUUUCAUGACUGCCAAGACGCCUUAAACAUGAUGUCUUCCUCCGUGAGCGGGACAGAGGAGGCGCGGGUGUCGGCGUUGACGCCCCUGAAGUUGGUGGGGCUGGCGUGCGUCUUCCUCGCCCUCUGUCUGGAUGCCGGAGCCCUGCUGAGUCCGGCGUGGGUCACAGCCGAGGACCAGUACUACCUGUCCCUGUGGGAGUCCUGCUGGAAGCCCGUCAGCUCCGCGGACUGGUCCUGCAGCUCAACGCUGAGCACCGACUGGCAGAUCGCCACGCUGGCCUUGCUUUUGGGCGGCGCCACCCUCACCCUGCUGUCCUUCCUGGUGGCUCUGCUGUCGCUGUGCUGCGUCUCCAGGAGUCGCUGCUACAAGCCCGUGGCCAUCAUGCUCUUCUCUGCGGUGGUGCUCCAGCUGUGCAGUCUGGUCUUGUUCCCCAUCAAGUUCAUCGAGGCGGUCACUCUGAGGGUGUACCACGAGUUCAACUGGGGCUUCGGCCUGGGAUGGGGGUCCACCAUCUUCUCCUUUGGGGGAGCCAUCCUCUACUGCCUGAAUUCCAAGAACUAUGAAGACUACUAUUAGAAUGACGGCUUACGAUGACAGCAUGUUCUCUUACACAUUCCAUCUUAGCGCCAGGGGCAUCACUCGCACGUAUUCCUCACUACAAUGUGGAUCCAAUGACCCCAUAGGAGGGUGAAAAGGUGGAACGGUGAAGCAAUCAGAGCAAAGAUAGCCCUAAUGAGGAAUUCCCAGCUCCAGGAAGGAAAAGGAAUAGCAAAGGAGCUUAGACAAAACAAGAGCACACCCGAGGAAAUGCUGCAUUCCUUUUGGAACUUCCAUUAAGUCAUAGACUUCUUUAGCAUAGCAUUGUUAUUGUUAUUCACUAUUAAGUAUUUGUAAAAAAACAAAAGAUGGCAGAUGAUAACUUGAUGCUUUAUGCAUCAUGUGAUGCCUGAAUGGUGGUAUUUUUUUGUUGUCAAAAAUGAUUGUAGUUGUUAAAAAGGUGUGUAUUAUCGUACUAUGCAGUGCAUGAAGAUACAAUAAAAAGUUUAGUUGCAAA